UCCUGCUUGUUCUCUGGUAGACAGACAAGUCCUUUCCUAAACUCACUCUCUGGAAUGAGCACCAACGGAUUUCAAUCUUUUAUUCACAAGACAGAAACAGUGUACAGGGAAAGGAGGAAACAGCCGUGAAUGAAGACACACAUAUAUAUUUGCCCUUCAGGAACAGCUCUUCAAAUCAUGAUCUGGUGAAGAUUUCACAUGUAACUCCUUGAAUUGUAACCAGUCUGUGGAAUGCCUGCAGUUGAGUCAGAAGCUGAGCUUGUUGAAUCCUUUCAAGGCAUUUUUUUUUUCAAACGUCUACACUGCUUUAUGAGGCACACCUGACUCCUUCUUGAAAUGACCCACAAACUGUAUGUACAUCACCUUUGACCCGGGUGGAUGCCGCUGCUCUCCAGCAACCCUCCUCACCUCUAGUGUGUGGCACACUGUGCCACACCAGGGAAGAGACAUGGAUUGUGACAGGUCUUUGCAUUUCAGAGCUUGGACUUGGUUGCUCUUGUUAGUGGCCCUUAACGAUUCUGAAGCAUCUUCUGAUCUGAACAAAUCCACAAAUUCCACUGCCCAGCCUGACCCUAAUGUUCGGUUUGCGGCUGCCAGCACAGAGCCCGAUGAGAAGAUAGCUGUUUUUGCACUGGAUUAUGACUAUGUGCAGAUUCCUUAUGAAGUCACCCUCUGGAUACUUCUAGCAUCCCUGGCAAAAAUAGGCUUCCAUCUGUACCACAGACUACCUGGGUUCAUGCCUGAGAGUUGCCUCCUCAUUAUCGUUGGGGCUCUGGUGGGUGCCAUCAUCUUUGGUACCGACCAUAAAUCACCUCCGGUCAUGGAUUCCAGCAUCUACUUCCUGUACCUCCUGCCACCCAUUGUUCUGGAGGGUGGCUACUUUAUGCCCACCCGGCCCUUCUUCGAGAACAUUGGCUCCAUCCUGUGGUGGGCGGGCCUGGGGGCCCUGAUCAACGCCUUUGGCAUUGGCCUCUCCCUCUACCUCAUCUGCCAGAUCAAAGCCUUUGGCCUUGGUGAUGUCAACCUUCUUCAGAACCUGCUGUUUGGCAGCCUGAUCUCUGCCGUAGACCCUGUGGCCGUGCUGGCUGUGUUUGAGGAGGCGCGGGUGAAUGAGCCGCUCUACAUGAUGAUCUUUGGGGAGGCCCUGCUCAAUGAUGGAAUCAGUGUGGUCCUGUACAAUAUCUUAAUUGCCUUUACAAAGAUGCAUAAGUUUGAAGACAUAGAACCUGUGGACAUUUUGGCUGGGUGUGCCCGCUUCAUCAUCGUGGGAGUUGGGGGAGUAUUUUUUGGCGUGAUUUUUGGAUUCAUUUCUGCUUUUAUCACACGCUUCACUCAGAACAUCUCUGCAAUCGAGCCACUCAUCGUCUUCAUGUUCAGCUAUUUGUCUUACUUAGUUGCUGAGACACUCUAUCUUUCUGGCAUCCUGGCAAUCACAGCGUGUGCAGUGACAAUGAAAAAGUAUGUAGAAGAAAAUGUAUCCCAGACAUCUUAUACAACCAUCAAGUACUUCAUGAAGAUGCUGAGCAGUGUCAGUGAGACCUUGAUCUUCAUCUUCAUGGGGGUGUCCACUGUUGGGAAGAACCAUGAUUGGAACUGGGCCUUUAUCUGCUUCACCCUGGUCUUUUGCCAGAUCUGGAGAGCCAUCAGCGUAUUUGCUCUCUUCUAUGUCAGUAACCAGUUUCGGACUUUCCCCUUCUCCAUCAAGGACCAGUGCAUAAUUUUCUACAGUGGUGUUCGAGGAGCUGGAAGUUUUUCACUUGCAUUUUUGCUUCCUCUGUCUCUUUUUCCUAGGAAGAAAAUGUUUGUCACUGCUACUCUAGUAGUUAUAUACUUUACUGUAUUUAUUCAGGGAAUUACAAUUGGUCCACUGGUCAGGUACCUGGAUGUUAAGAAGACCAAUAAAAAAGAAUCCAUCAAUGAAGAACUUCAUAUUCGUCUAAUGGAUCAUUUGAAGGCUGGAAUUGAGGAUGUAUGUGGGCAAUGGAGCCACUACCAAGUGAGAGAUAAAUUCAAAAAGUUUGACCACAGGUAUUUACGAAAAAUCCUAAUCCGAAAGAACCUGCCCAAAUCAAGCAUUGUUUCUUUGUAUAAGAAGCUAGAAAUGAAGCAGGCUAUCGAGAUGGUGGAGACUGGAAUGUUGACUUCUACGGCCUUUUCCAUAUCCAAUCAGGCCCAGAGGAUACAAGGAACUAAAAGGCUUUCCCCAGAAGAUGUGGAGUCCAUGAAGGACAUUCUGACACACAACAUGUACCAAGUUAGACAAAGGACCCUGUCCUACAACAAAUACAGUCUCAAACCACGGUCAAGUGAGAAGCAGGCUAAAGAGAUUCUGAUACGCCGCCAGAACACCCUACGAGAGAGCAUGAGAAAAGGCCACAGCCUGCCAUGGGGGAAACCGGCUGGCACCAAAAACAUCCGCUACCUUUCCUUUCCUUAUAGCAACCCCCAGUCAUCAAGAAGAAGCAUGAGGGCUGCUGAGUUCACAGAUUAUGACGGCAGUGACUCAGAACUCCUGUCUGUCAUGUUCAACCCACACUCCUGCACAGGCUCCCUUCAAGAAAGACGCUGUGCACAGGAAUUCAUUCCAAUGAAGAGCUUGCACAGAGCAGGGAAGCCAUCCAACUUCAGCUUCCAGAUAAAUACAAGUCAAAACCAGGAUGUGGUUGGAGGGAGAAGGAUGGCUUUAAGAUCCCAACCAUUCUUUCACGUGGUGCGUGAGGAGUAUGAAUCUGGAGAAGAGAGUGAAGAGGACUCAGUCAUCAGAUCCAGAUGGUCUGUUGAGCACAGACACAGCAGGGAUUACCAGAAGUCCCACAGUCCUUUGCUCCAUAGGAAAUAGCUUUCUUGUCCAAAAGAUUAUUUUGGGUCCCCGCCCCCAAAUAUAUCAUCCUAGUCUUGUGAGAGAAAGCUUUUAGGGAGAUUUUUUGGACAACUGAGAGCAACUUUGCAGGGCUACCACAUUCUAAACCAGUGUGCAAUUUAGAUGAGGUUUCUGUGAGUGACAGAUAUGAAUCCCCCCACCCCAGGAAUUAUUCACCAAGCUUCCCUAAUAGUGUGUGGUCCAUGUAAUUUAUUGAUAUACAUGUGUGAUUGGCCUGUAAUUCACCUUGGCUAUAUGCAUGUGUAAUUUAGAAUCAAGUUAGAAGGGAGAGGGCUUAGAAUUUACUUCUCCCAACCAGGCCCAUGGCAUGUCAUGAGCCGGCUUCAAAGCUGAUUGUCUUUUCUCUCAACUAAAUGCAGUCAGUUUCGAUUUUUAAUCAUCACUAUGCAAUAAUUCUGUUUCUGAGGGAGGUACAAUUUGUCAUAGCAUUGCUGUACAUAAUCAGUUGCAGUAAUUGAAAGAUGUGAUGCAGGGAUGAUUGGUUAAUAAAGGGCUUGUCAUCUAUUUUA